ACGGGGAACUCAGUGGUGGAAGGAAACAACUCUCCCUAAUAUGGGAGGCCAGAAAUGAUGAUAACAUUUUCCAAUUCCAGUCAUUCCGGGAGAGAGCGUGAACCCAGCAGCUCAUAGUUUUGUCGAGGUCUGGAAGUCCAUCACCUUACAUUCCACGAUGUCGUACUUGUUCUUGCUUCUCAUUGUGUGCCCAGUAGCAGUGUUCGGCCAAUGGGGCGGAUUUCCCAUGGGUGGGGGGGAAGGGGUCCCAGAAGCAGUGGUUCCCUCCACCACCCAACCACCCUUUUUCAAUGCUGGGGCGGGCAGUGUCGGUGGAAGCAACGGCAACAACGGAGGCACGAGCGCCGGCGGUGGGGUAGGGGAUACCGGGGCCGGCCAGGCCGCUGGUGGGGGAACCGGCGGCGUCGAUGACACGGGUGCUGGUACCAACGACGGUAUAGAUGACAACGAUGGCACAGAUGACAACGAUGACACGGAUGGCUCUGGUGGCAGUGGUAGCGGUGAAUCGACCGGUGGCAGCAUGUCUUAUUCCUACGACUACGGCGCCGGAGCUGGCUCCCCAGGGCUCCUGCAAACAUCUGGCGGGAAAGCUGGCGUGGGGAUCGCCUGUGUCGUCGCGGUCGCUGUUCUCGUUGCGGGCGCUAUGUUUAUCUUCUACAAGAGGCAGCAAAGACAAGCAGCGGGCGGGGGUGUUUAGGUCUACAGUUAACAAAACGGACUCUUAAUUUGAAAACUCAAAUAAUCAGUUAGAAUUAUAGUUAAUUUAUUUGUGCUAAACUUGAAACUCGUUUGUUAGAACUCAGCAUUGUCAUUCAUCACGUUAAUCUACUCCUACAGUAUUCACUUUUGCCGGUGAUGAUGCUGAACACAUUUUAAUGCUAACAACCAAAAGAAUCAACUCCUGCGCAUUGUUUUCAUUUGUUCUGGCGCCGAUUGAUAAUGAGCAGCUUUAAACAAUAGUCUUUUGGUCUAAAUGCCGUGUUGUUACACUUUUGGGACUGGCGUUGUGUGAGAUAUUUCACGGAAAAACUACGGGUAGCCUUUUGCUAAAAAAACAAAGGUCAUUCUAUGCGGUUCAAAUCUGUUCUUCCCCUUCCAACUGGUCGGCUGAUGACGUCAGAGUCUUCGCGGGCUUCAAACUGAAUAAAGCUCGAGCCAGUUGCAUCAUUCACGAUUCCAACAUAUGAGGGCGCUAUGCAGGUUUAGUAGUUCCGCUCAUCACUGGUUGAGAAGGAUAAAGACCUCGACCAAGAACUAGCGCCAUCUACGAGGAAAUUUUGCUAUUGUCAUUCAAGUUAAUCUACUCUUUGCCAAGAGCUAUACAACUUUUUGGCGCUGCACUAUAGUCUUUCGUUGCUGCUUUAGCUUUAUAAAAUGGAAUAUAACUGUCGCAAUUUUUUUGCAGAUUUAAUCAGCUAUCGGUUAAAUCUAUGAUCGGUAUUAAAGGUCUUUUAUAUUAAAUCGCUUCUUCUGUAGGUUAGAGGCUUAAAAUUGGAGAGCUUUUUCUGUGGCUAAGUAGCGUAUGAAUAAUAACAAUGUUUCUUUGGUUUGCAGGAAGAAACAUAAAACGGACAAGAGGCAAUAGUUAGCGAAGGUUACAUCCGGGAGGCUAUAUUCAGACAAUGGUCAAAGAUAAUUGUACUGGGCAGAAUUAGAUAUACUGGGCAGAAAUUAGAUGUAUUGGACAGGAAUUGCAAUAAUCAAGACAAGAAAUGGUUCAGUUCCAUCAUCCGCAGCUGAACUGCGGGCAGUUAUGCGGAAUCACUAUUGUAGGGGUAGCCUAAAAUGAGGUCUGCUGUACAUUAUCGCACUUGUGUAUUCAUUUUAUAGCUGUAUGUUUGCCUAAUUACUAUGGAAGAUGUGUGACUGUAUUAUAACUGCAUAUAUUUUAAUUCUAUUAUAGCCUUUAAAUCGUCUGAUGAGUUAUCACUUUUGUCAACUUGACCAGAUUCGACUUAAACUUGUGGAUACGAUAAAAAGAGAGGCUCGCUUUGUAUACUGGAAUAAACAAAAAACAGAAACGGUAAAACGCCUGUCUCCUUAAAAUUAAUGUGUGUACUACGAUGCAGCAAUAAAGUACAAUGCUGCAGCAAAAUGUGUAUCUAUAGGCCUAUUCUCCUUAUAUUGUCCCAUAACCUCAUUAUAUUCCUCGCUUUUUGUUAUCGUGAGGAUUUCGCAAUCGUGCACUUCAGUCAAUCACGCACGCGCAAAUAACGAAUUCAUCAAAGAUCAAUGAAAAACAAUUGUUACACAUAAAAUCAGUACAUGACCCAAAUGGAUACAAGCGGUGACUCAGGUACCUCUUGUAAUUUUCUGAAAGUGAGGGCGCCCUUUUCACUUCUGAAGCCCCUGCCUCCUCAGGCUGAGCGACAUGUGACAAUGGGGAUGCCAACGGGGGGAGGGGAAGGGGGUUCUAGAAAAAAAUAUCCGAGUCUUGAGGGAGAAAAGAUUUUAUAUAUGCAGGUAUAAGCAGGUUAACGCAAACCUGUCGAGUGUUUUUUAAAAUCGUCAUAAACUCAGAAAACUUCGAGUCCAACGGAUGAUAUGGCCUUUAUAAGUACUUCAAAACUAUCUUGCAAAAUACCUCUGAACGUAAAUGAGAUUACAUAAACUGUUAUCUAUAACCUCAAUUUUUUUGUAUUUGAUCAUAUUUCAAUUUAAAUAAAACCAAAGUUUGUUUUA